UUUUUUGCUGUGAAUCAUCCUUGUGAAGCUUUAUCAGUAAUAUAAAUGUAUAUAUAAUAUCGAUACCCUCGAAUUCGAAAUUAUUGAAAAGUGUAAAUAUAACCUUUUGUAUAUAUAUAAGGGUUAAUUCUUAUUUUACUUAUUUUUGGUUAUUGGAUAUACCCAAACCAUCUAUUUCCACCAUUUAUACAAUUCCUCGGAAUUUUCUAUCUUUUGAUUUUCUGGGCUCGGUUAGAUAUUAAUAGUUGAUCUUUGCUCCUCAUCUGAAUAUAUAUAAUUAAUUACUCAGGGCAAAGACUUGACUUUAGAUUAUCCAAAUUGAUUUUAUUACGGAGAAUAUUUUAUUUACAGCGUCAAUCAUUUUUAAAUUACUCUGCUGUAAUAUUUAAUCGAACAAUAUUUAUAUCAUCUAUCAUGACCCAACAGAAUAAUCAACUACAAGCUAAUGAAAGAUUGCAACAAGUAUCACAAAUCUUAAAUCCUAAUAAAACUGAUGCUUCAGGACAAUGGCAUUAUCAUAAACGUGAACAAUCCUUAGCUCCUGAAAAACCUUUCAGAAUUGCCGUUAUUGGAUCAGGAAAUUGGGGUACAACUAUUGCUAAAGUUAUUGCUGAAAAUGCUUUAUCAAGACCUCAUCUUUUUAGACAUUAUGUUAAAAUGUGGGUAUUUGAAGAAAAAGUUGAUGGUAAAAAUUUAACAGAUAUAAUUAAUACUCAACAUGAAAAUGUUAGAUAUUUACCAGGAGUUAAAUUACCAAUUAAUUUAGUAGCUGAACCAGAUAUUGUUAAAACUGCUAAAGAUGCUGAUUUAUUAGUAUUUAAUUUACCCCAUCAAUUCUUACCAAAAAUUUGUGAACAAUUAAAAGGUCAUGUAUCUCCCGAUACUAGAGCUAUUUCAUGUUUAAAAGGGUUAGAAGUUACACCAGCGGGUUGUAAAUUAUUAUCAACAGUUAUAACUGAAAAACUUGGUAUAACUUGUGGAGUAUUAUCGGGUGCAAAUUUAGCUCCUGAAGUAGCAAGAUGUAAAUGGUCAGAAACUACAGUUGCUUAUAGAUUACCAACAAAUUAUCGUGGACCUGGUAAAGAUAUUGAUGAAUUUGUUUUAAAAGCUGUUUUCCAUAGACCUUAUUUCCAUGUUAAUGUUAUUCGAGAUGUUGAAGGGGUUUCUGUUGCAGGAGCUUUAAAAAAUGUUGUUGCAUUAACAGUAGGAUUUGUUGAGGGACUUUCAUGGGGUGAUAAUGCAAAAGCAGCUGUUAUGAGAGUUGGUUUAUUAGAAAUUAUUAAAUUUUCUAAUAUGUUCUUCCCUGCAUCUCAAUCAACAACUUUUACUGAUGAAUCUGCUGGAGUAGCUGAUUUAAUAACUACUUGUGCUGGAGGUAGAAAUGUUAAAGUUGGUAGAUAUAUGGCAGAAACUGGAGCAUCAGCUUUAGAAGCUGAAAAGAAAUUAUUAAAUGGUCAAAGUUCUCAAGGAAUUAUUACUGUUAGAGAAGUUCAUGAACUCUUAACAAAUGUAAAUAAAUUAGAAGAAUUCCCAUUAUUUGAAGCUACAUAUCAAAUUAUUUAUGGAUCAGAAUCAAUUGAAAACUUACCUCAUUUAUUAGAAAGGGAUUAAACCGAUUUAUAUUUAUUAUUUUCAAGUUUGAUUUUCAAAACAAUUAGUUUAAUCUUUUAUAGAGUUUCAUACAAUCAACACUUUUUUAAUUUUAA